AUGCAUUUUGAGCGCAUUGUGUCCUCUGUGGUGUGUUUUUUCUUAAUCAAGUUUGGCUUUGUUCACUCGCAAUACGAGACUCCAGAAGAGGUUGGCCUCAAAAGUAAUAGCCCUGAAGAAAUUGAAGAUAUCAUUGCACCGGUUGAAGAUGAAGCACUUGGUGAAGGACAUACGUUCGUGGCGUUGUUAGAUAUUGUCUUUCAAGAUGGAUCAAAAAGAACUUGCAGCGGUGCCAUAAUUCACGAUUAUGUUCUUGUUACUGCUGCCCACUGUUUCGUCCACGAAUUGGAUGAGAGUGUUAAGCCUGAAAUUACAGCUUCAUUCGUUGUGAUAGGAACGAAAAAGAUGUUCCUCUCGGGCUACGAACAAUACCUGCCUAUAGAGAGAAUCCUAACGCAUCCCAAGUACGACGGUUGGUCCGCGGACAUAAGUCUGGUGUACACGUUUGCUGGAAUGACUUCGGACAAACCGGGCAAAAUUGUGAGGCUGGCGGGGGAAAAGGCGACGAACCAGGGAGACUACAAUGUCACCGUGUAUAGUUGGAGACAUCCUAAAGAGGAAGAGAAUCAAGAGGAGUUCCCCGCUGUAACACCUACACCGCCGUGCCCUGAUUCAAUAUCUCGGGAAGAUGGAGAUAAUUCUGCAACUGAAGCUGCAUAUGAAAGCAAACGUCCACGAAAAAAAUUCCGUGGCACAAAAGCUCCGAACUGGUAUGCUAGAGGAAAUACAGCAGCAGGCAUGGCUGCUAAAACAAUCAAAGAAAAAAUUCCUCCUGGUAUAUUAUUCAAGUACCCGGUUUUACAAUUAAAAAAUCAAGCUGAAAAAAUGCAACAUCCUCUACAGUGGAAAGCAAAAGAGACCAGUAAGAAGAUAAGUCGUUACCUAACUUCAGACGAAGAGAGUAGACAAGAAGACAGUAUUGCUGUUAUUCUGAUGACAGACGAUGCACCAAGCAACAGGCCACAGCGUGCCAACAUGUCGCUGACAACAACAUCUCCUACGGGUGACAACGAAGAAAGGUCACAUACUUUCCUGGCACGGACAGUUAAGAGGCUGUCACCUUCAGCAAGACGCAGACAACAAACUAUUAGAGGUUGGAGGCGCCUCUUAGUCACCCUGUAUAACGUGUUAUACAUCGAGCAUUACAAUUUGGUAUCGGCGUCAUCAUGCAAAAAAAUCCUUGAUAAUGCAUUAGCACCACGCUUCGUAUUUAAUAAAGGUGAAGUUGCCUGCUACAGCAGCCACGAACACAUCCUGACAGAUGAGGACUCUGGCGCACCUGUAGUGAGACACUCUAAACUAGUAGCGAUAACCAUAGGAGGAGCCGAAUGUGAUGGAGACCACGUCGGAGUCGGGCUGAAAAUCAGCUGCUACUGCUCCUGGAUAGCGGACAAUAUACCCGGAGGCAGCAGUUUGAUUUGCUGUAAAAAUUGCUGCGAUGUAAAACACACGGAGCCUUACAUCCACCAACCGACGAGCAAGAAGAGACGUAAAAAUAAGUAUUUAAUAAAGUAA